AUGGAAGGCCGCGAGCAUAUGGUGAGGAAUGAAAUCAAUAUAUUGAAGAAGGUAUCACAAGGGCACAAGAAUAUUGUCACUCUUGUCGAUUAUUUUGAAACUGUAAAUAAUCUGUACUUGGUGACGGAUCUAGCUACCGGUGGUGAAUUGUUUGAGAGGAUUUGCACUAAAGUAAGCUAUGACGAAGCCGAAGCGGCUCAUCUUGUGCGAACCAUCACAGGAGCGGUUGCGUAUCUUCAUCAUAAUGGAAUUGUUCAUCGAGACUUAAAGCCCGAAAAUCUUCUAUUCCGAACGCCUGCUGAAGAUGCCGACUUGCUAAUUGCUGAUUUUGGCUUAUCGCGAAUCAUUGACUCUGAAAAAUUCCAUCUUCUUACGACCACAUGCGGAACCCCUGGAUACAUGGCACCCGAGAUCCAUAGGAAAGUUGGACACGGAAAGCCAGUUGAUAUGUGGGCUAUCGGUGUUAUUACAUACUUUUUGUUAUGUGGGUACCCGCCAUUUGACGAUGAUAACGAUUUUGCUGCUAUCAUAAAUGCCGAUUAUAAGUACGAACCGGCCGAAUAUUGGGAUUGCAUUACCCCCGGUGCCAAAGACUUUAUAGACCGCUUGUUAACAAAAGAUCCUAACGAGCGAAUGACGGCUGACAAUGCUCUUUUACACCCGUGGCUCAAUGGAUAUAGUCAGGCUCCGCCUGUUGUGCGUACUCCAAUGAGACCGCCUUUCAAUCCUAAACGUACUUUCAGAAAAGCCGUCGAUAUCGUGAAGGCGAUUCAUCUCAUGAAACCGCAUGAUCAAGAAUUUGUCCGUAUGGUCCGGGAAGCGCGGGAAGUGGAUGAGUCUGUUGACCAGGUGUUGUUGAUCCCCCAAUAG